AGGGGGUGCCAGCAAGUUUGGCCUAUUUGUUUUAAUCAAAUGGGCUGAUUGGAACACACCAAUAUGUUUCAUUUUUGUUUGUUGUGUCGAUGCCCAUGUAUUUUGUGCAGAUUUUUAUUUCUCUAAAUGAUUCAAACUGUUUCUUUGACAGUGGCGCUUUGCCUAAUCAUCACCAAAUGAGCCUUUGCGAAUAAAUUACUUAUUUUGUGUUAAAUCUAAAUUAGUUAAUUUUUGGCUUGUGUAUUUCUUUUUAAAUUAUAAUGGAAUUUUUGAAACCAGUUUCUCACGUUAAAAAGAAAUUGAAUCAGACUAAUAUUAAGUGUCUUUUUUUUUUUUUUUACAAUGUCUCGUUCGUGUUUGGAGGCUAUUUUGGAUAAAUUAGAGAAAACAUGCCAAAUAAUUAUAUUUUACAAUAUUUACGUAAUGCCAAAGAUCGUAGUUUGUAUGUGUAUAUUACAGUCUGCAUUGCUGCCAGCUGAAGGGAAACCAUUGCAAGCGUUCUCAAUGCACAAAAGCGUUUCAGUGCACGUCCUACUUGUAAAGCUCUACAGCAGGGCGAUUUUGCGCGUUCCCGUGACUCUCGCCAUAGAAAACAAAGCUGAACGUCUUCCAUAACAGCCAGGGGUGCAGACUUGAGGAAUAUACGAAUUUAUCGUGGACACAUCGUGCUGAAUAUGGAUUUACAGUGGGUGUAGCAUCGUUGGAGACCGAGCCUUCCCGGCUGGGGUGACAGCAGGACAUUAGCGAAACCGACGAAAAUAACAUCAGUGUGUUUUUUUUUCUCGGGGUGCUUUGUCUUGUCCACCUAACGAUAGCAAACCAUCAUUCCCAUUUCAAUUGUAAGAUAUUCAGCUAGUGGUUACUAGCUGCUGCCGGGAUGGAUCAUCAUGUUGUCACCCAAAACUAACUGCGAGGACGUCGGAUUGUGAAGGAUAAAGCUGAAAACCGUCACCGAGGUCCUGACGGGUUGUCACCGGGACCUGAAUCUGUGUUAGCCACAGCCGCGGAACCCACUGUUUUCGGCGAUAUGGCGGAGCAAGGCUACUCAUCCUGGUGAGUGCGCACAGGCACAGCGCUGCUGCUGCUGCUGCCGAUUAGUAGGAGCUACCUUCUGUUAGCUACUGCUACACUGCCAAGCCUGAAUGAUAUAGGUCACUAAAACCAAUAGAUAACAACCCCGACCGGUUACGACCACACUUAAUUCUUCACGUCGACGCUAAAAGGUUCUUCUAUUACCGUUUGGAAAGCUAAAAUAUCACAAAUUCAUACAUUUUCCCCAGCAGUUCUCAUAUUGCUAAAGCUAACCUGAGCUGGUUGGUUAGCUAGCAGCGGCUAAUCAGCUCUGCCAGCUGAUGCCUGCUAUUGUAGCUGCCCUGCUAACGUCUUGCUAGGCUCGUUUGUUCGGGGGAAUUGGUGAAUGAAUUUAUCGUUUAUAUAAAUUGGGCUUGCUUUUAGAUACAUGUAACCGUGCACAUGGAGCAAAACGCUGCAUGUCCAUGUCAAGCAGAUUAGUAGACGUUGGCUGUGCCAGCAAAUUAGCACUAGCUGAUUAGAUGGUUAGCAUUCGUCGUCGACCCGAUGCUCACAAAAACAAAGGUUCAGCCACAGGGCUGCUAAAACCAGCUAACAGGCACACCGCAGUCAUGUCCCUCAAAAGCCAGCUUGGUUAACUUGGCAUCGUGACACACAAAGUUUAUGUUUCUUUAAGUUCGUGUCAGGAUUGUGACAUGAAGUUGAAUCUUAGUUCUCGGAGGAAAAUCAGUAUAAGGAUGAUGGACUGAGUUGAUGUGAACAACAAAAUGCGCUGUCUCCAUGAAUGGAUAUGGACCGAUCUGUUGAGGCCUUUAAUUCAAUAUAAGCUGUAAAAAUGCCAGUUUGACCCUGGCAACAGAGUAUUUGUAGUGAUCAUUAAUGAAACAGCAUCCUCUUGUGUAGGAAUAGUCUCAAUGAGUGCUUUAGAGCAGACUAGACACAUUAAAAGGUAAUGGGUUUGACUUUAUCUCACUUAAUAGGAUAGUUUUCUUGACUCUGAAAGGCUAAUCAUCUUUGUCCAUUUGUCCAAUUGUAUAAGAGUUAGGGAUCGUGGCAAUCAUGUUAAAAAACACUUAAAAAUAACCCAAUAAACCUCAAAAACGUACUGCAGCAGCUCUGUCCACUGCUGUAUCUAAUUUUCACAUCAUUUUUUGUUUUAUUUGCCCUCUCAGACUCCUCUUUCAGCAUUUAUGUACCAAUUAAUGAUUGAGUAAUGUUGAUGUAGAAGAGCUUCAGUUAUCAGGAGGCCUGUGAAGGGUUAUGCUGGUUUAAAAACAGUUACCUCAUCACAUGAAGCCGUAAACCAGGGAUUUUUUGAAUAUGAAAACAGAUUUUGAAAAUCCCCUUUUUGGACGUUUAUGUUUGGAGGGGUCAGGCAUGGGUGUAGAUUUUUAGUGGUUCUUUACAGUGAUGCCUUCAGAUGACAAACACUUGAACAGCUGUCUAUUAAGGCCUAAUUCACACUUUACAAACAUGCAUGUGGAGACACAGUCAGGUCCUAAUAUUGUCCAGCAAUAUCGCUAUAUCCAUUUUGCCUAGAUCUCUAUAGUUAGUUGGUUUGGCUUGGUAAUGUAACUGGUCAAUAGACAAAGCAUGUCUGAGGUCAAGGAGAUCAGUGCUGUAGAUGGCUGUAAUUUAUUUUUCAAUUGCCUUUGUGAAGAGAGAUCUGCUUUCCACGGCUACUUCUUCCCCUUGAGCUCGUCUGAUCACACUUUAGUCUGAGUGUGUCUCGUAUGCGUUCACACCUGCCAUUACAGUGAAGAUUUCUGUAAGGCUGAUUAAUGGUAGAAAAGAAAUGAGUGUAGUCUGCUUAAGUUAUUGCACUGCAAGCCUGUCAUAUAUGGUCAUCUGUAAAUGUACAAGAGAGUUACAUGAACGGGAUUUUAUGAUUAUAGAUGCAUAGAUAUUUUCUGUUUUGCAUGUUUCUACAUUUAGCAGUUGAGUGCCCUUUUUGCAGGUGAUGCUAAUGGACAUGUCUGUGUUGUGGAUUCUUUUUCUAUUUUUGUUUCAGUAAUUAUUGAAGUGGUAUUAUCAAUGAUAUAGCUAGUCAUGCAGUUGGAAGACUGGUUAACAGAAAGCACAAGUUCAAAUCUACAGAAGGAGUGAAAUCAUAACAGUUAGGAGGUGAGUCCACUGCUCCAGACAAUACCCAGAUGUAGGGGGUGUUUUCUUGAUCACAUUUAGUACCCUGGUAAUACUACUACUCUUAGGACUACAGGUUAAGACUGUAGGCGCUCUAAAAAAAAGUUUAAAUAGUCUAAAAUGGUUGUUGUAAUUUCUGUCCAUGUCCAUCUCUAAUCUGUAGUGUAUGAAAUAUUAACUACAGUUGUUUAAUUAUCUAUACAUGUAUUUAUUCAUAUAUUCAGACAGCUGUUUUGAUUUAGGAAUAUGCUUAACAACAAAUGAGGCUAGCCUUUGCAAAACAGUCAUUAAGAAGUUUAUAUAUAGGCCAAUUGUUAACAGUCUGAUGUUAGUCACUGUCAUUGUUCAGCAACAAGGAAAUAGCCACACCAACCCCAGACCACAUCACACCUCAGACACUGACAUAACCCCACCUUCAUAACACCUCGACAGCAGAAAUAAACACUCAGGGUUGUGAUGUACCUCUUAUAGAGUCAGAUGCAGUUCAUCUUGGUUGGCUGGCAUGCAAACAAAGACUACUAUGCAUUUUAAAACCACUUCAUUAAGCAGUGAGAACACACAGGAUAUAGUCCAUGACACUUGUUGAGAUGUGGUUUUCUGCAGUAUUUACAUGUUUUUGUCUGUGAUAUUUUUAUAGCUUUUUUCGAAGAUUCACUGAUAAGUCAACUUUGACCUCAUAGUACCAAGAGUUUAAUGUACAGGCCUAAGAUGUUUUCGUGUUCAAGCUGACAAGUAGCUGCACUUCAAACAGUUUUCUCAUUUGCUGCUAGCUCUGCCCCUUGGAUGAUUUCUACCUGUCAGUCUGUGGCUGUCAAGCUGUAACAACAGUGUUGUUUUCUACCACUUUCUAUUCCUCAUUUUUGGUUUUAGCUCAGCAGCACCAUGCAGUUUCAGACAGGACUGUUUAAACCACAUGUCUCUUGUGUGCACUUUCGCUGUUUCACCAGCAAAAUGUAAAACAGGAAAAGUGCACACAAGAAACACACAGUAGUAGUCAUAUUUGGUAAAUGUGACCUUGUGAAGUCAUCGUAUUGGGUUUGAUUUUAUUUAUCCAGGGGUAUUUGUCACCACCUUUGUGCUGCUAUGUCUUCUUUUUAAAGCUCGUAACCUGUAGGAACUGAGAGGCAGACAUCCUCUUCAAAUGUAAACCAUUGUAUUUGACUGUAUUUGUUAUCACAGUGAAACCCAGUGCAGAUAACUAAAUAAGAAUUAAGUCCUUUCACUGAGUAAUCUUCAUUUACAACCUUUGCAUCAGCUAGCUUUAAGGCCCGAUUAACGUGUUUCUUUUUUAGCAGUUCAAAUCUCACUUGAAGCCUGUUCAACAGCCAAGGGGUCCAGCUGGUGUAAUCGUCAGGGCUAUUUGUAAGAGUGCAAAUAAAAUUGUCCCAGAAAGUUGAACAAUACGUCUAAAAUAAGAAUAAUUACCCUAAUGAGGAGCGAGGCGGGCGGAGAGCAUCACAGCUGUGUCUGCAGAGAAAAGAAAUAUGCCAUGUGUAAGAGUCACCUGAGCUCCCAGUGAGGCGUUAAUAGAUGUGAAGUCAUGUGUGCUGAAAAUUAACCGAUUUAUCCACCCCUAUCCUUAAACUGGCUGUACUUGUUUACUCUUUUUUACCAUCCCUUUUGAAUGAAACAAAAUUUGAAAAAGCAAGCUGAGUUUCCUCAAGGGACAUAGUUCUAUGGAUCUAAUCCCGAAAUCCUAUUAUUCCGGCUGUCCACAGUACAAUCUAAUUGAAGCUUGGCCUUUCUGGACACUUACUAAUCAACUUAUCAUUCACCAAACACACAGAAUAGGUGCCUUUCAAAACUUGGGCCUCACAAGUUUUGAAGUUUUGUUCAUGCAUUGACAUAGAAAUGUGCUCAUGUGCAGUAUCUAUAAUCAGGAUGUAAGGUACUGCAAAUUAUCUUCAAAUGCUUGAACCUUUCGAUGCAAAAGAAAUGAUCGACCUACAUGAAAGGAAAAAUAACACUUAGCUAGUGCAUAGUGAAGUGACUGCUGUGAAUGCAGACUCUGAUUAUGUUUACACACAUAGUUAAGUUGAGCUCUGGUUGUAACUUGAUUUGGCAGUUUAAUUGGACUACUAUCCUUCAGCAUAAAAGCACCUAACCACCUUCACUUCGGUUUGUUUGGCCUCUGAUUUGGUGGAUGAAGGUAUGCCCCCUUUUUAACUAUUUACUAUCAGACCUCUUCCUGUACGACUAUGCAGUCCAUACCUUCAUAAGUGGUAAGGGUGUAACAACAGGUUUUAACCACAAUAUGAUACCUACGGCAGUAUUUGGUUUAUGAGUUGAUACAAGGACGACACCGGUUUAUUUAGAAGGAGAAGAAAUGACUAGAAAUGGAUGCAUCAGUACUUCAUUUUAGACAACAUUAUAAUAUCUUGAGAUAAAUACUAGCGUAAGGUUAUUUUCGUUACAGUGCCUAUGUUUAUACUUUUAUGUUAUUCAUUCAAGAAAACUUUUCAUAAUCCAUUUUGGAUCAAUACAACAAGAAGUAGUAGUCACAUACCCCUGUAUCAAACAUGAAAUCCAUUUAUCGGUUGUGGUUACCAUUCAGCUUGAGAAAGAGACGUUAUUAUGUCCACACUGUAUGGUCACAUCUUUACAGAUAAAUCUGGCAAUGGAUGACUCGAUAGCUUUAGCCCUCAGUGAGUUAAAGUAAAACCAUUAAUGAUGCCUGAGACCUUUUCUGGUGCUGAUGGCUCUACUGUGCCGCUGUACCACGCUGCCGUGAUAGAUGAGCAGUAAGAUUGGUUAUGUUGCCAGAGUAUUUAACUUCACCUUUGGAUAUUCUGCAAACGGCAACAAAUUCGUCAAAGACUGCUCCUGUUUUACAAAAGCUCAAAUGUGUCCACAGGUCAGCCUGGAAACCAGAAAGUUUAAUAAUCUACUUUUCAUCUCGCUCCUUUCUGCUGACAGCCAUCGCAGAACUGCUGCCACAUGUGCAGAGUGUCACCACAUGGGAGAAUGACCCUGUUGGAUUUAAUAGAUUUCCUUGUCAUUAAAAAUGCAAUGCAUCCACACAACAAUCAUUUGUCAUGCUAGAUAUACAUGCAAAGUCUACAUAUGGAUCCAAUCUAUGAUUUGCUUUGUAUGACAGUAUGAAUCAAUAUUAGCUAUAGGAGAGUGUCACGCGGCCAUUUAUGUAUCAAUACAGAUGGAUCGUUGGAAUUCAAAUCAAGGCAUCAAUGCACUGAAUGAAUUGUUACACUCCUAAUGGGUAGUCAAUCAUGUUAAUACAAUUUACUUUUGGUACAAACAAGGUGCAUGCUAUCCCUCGGGCUCAUGGCUAUUCCUGCAGGCGGACAACAACACCACCUUAUCACAUAUAUGCUGUGAUGAAAAUGCUGUUCCCUGUAUGCAAACUGUGUACCAUGCAUGUGACACCAAAGCCAGAGGCGUUUGUCUGCAGGAGAAAAUCAAGUAUAGUACUUUGCCCCAGUGUGACUUUAGUGUACUGCUUUAGUCUGGGGACUGUUUGGUGGCAGCUGUCAGUCAUAUAAUGAGCUGUUGUAGUUUUAACAGUGAUAUAUCAUACUUUGAAAGUGGAAGCCGAGCCUAGUUUCUGCUGAGUUUGGCUUGUGACCCGUUACCUGUACUUCAAUGUUUUUAUCAUGGAACAAAAGCCCUUACUUUCAACAGUGUUAAACGGCUGCAAGUUUCUUUUUGCACAAGAAGUAGGUGAUGGAUUUUGUGAUUUUCUUUGCUGGCUCUGAAAUGGGAGACUGCUUUGAUAAGCUCAGUGUGUCCAGUGUUUGCUGGUGUUAGAGUUGAGCUGAUUUAGCAAUAGCAGCUCAUGCUAUGUCUGGAUGGUGGUGAGUGAGGUGAGCCUUCAAGUACAUUGAAUUCCCAUAGUGCUUUAUUGCCUCUCCUUGCUAAAAAAGAAAGUCCAAUCAUUUUGAUGUAAACAAAGAAAAGUUUUCUCCAUGUUGAGUUUCAUCAACCUCAUCUUUGUGAUGGUCACCUCUGCUAAUGUGUAGCAGAGAAAAACCUCAACUAGGGCUCGACAGUACGACUGUUUCACUCACAUUUGUGACUAAAAAUAGAUGUGUGCGAAUUGUAAAAUGUAUUUAGGCGAACGUGGGCAUAAAAAAAAAACCCAAGGCAACAAAUGUUUUUUCAUGCAAAUACCGCGGUGAAGUUAGUUUUAGGUUGGAUAUUUGACGGACAUUCAAUGCGAAUCUACCGGUGUCUUCUCGCUCUCCAUAACCGGGAGUAGCAACAGCAGUGUGGUUAAAUCUACUCCGCACCCUCGCUGUCAACAUCGGGUGUUGAAUAAGGGACCAUCGAUAAAUUAUUGGUUUCUGUUCUCAAAAAAGGCUGUUUUCCUUCAGUUACGUGACCAAUUGACCUAAAAUUGAUUUCAAAUAAUAGUUCUUAUGUCAACCGAUAUGACACACUCCUUUAUUUCCCAUAUUUGUCCUAUAAAAAAAUUUGUGUUAAAUUUAAAGGCAAAUUUUGAACAUUUUCUUCAAUAGCUGCCAUGUCAUGCGACCAAAAAAACCUAAAAUUGAUUUUAAAUAUUAGCACUUAAGUCGACCAAUAAGACACACAUUAUUUGAUCAGUUUUCAUUGUGCCCCUAAAGUUCCUUGUGUGCUCCUAACUUUUUCAACUUAUGAGCACAUGUGCUCCUUGUGAAAAAAGUGAGUGUUAAGCCCUGUCAACAGUACCACUAAGUGAAUCUGAUUUUUUUCUCUCCAAAACUUUAGACUAAAAAUACUCACCAACCAGAAACAAGUGCAAUAUUUCCAUGCAAAAUAUGACGGAUACAUUGCUGUAAUUCUGUAUUUGCUCAUCCUUAGAGGAUUUUCUUUCACUAGAAAGUGAUCAGUUGAAAACUACCACUUUUUUUGUUUGUCAGGCAACCCCUAUGGAGAAAGUGUGAAUUCACGUCUUUGCUGAACUUGCCCUGUACAAGUAAAUAAAAAGAGUGUCAUGACAACAACAACAACAAAAAAAUCCCUGUCAGUCAUCCUGCUAAUGAUCUGUUGUGUUCUUUUAGAUUUGAAGAAGCACCAGUAUCAGUUUCAGUUUGAUUCACGAACAAUGUAAAACCCCUUUCCUGUUAUUAUUUUAGAGCGGAGAAGAUAUCACAGUCGCAGUUUUAACCAAUAACACACAGCCCGGUUCAAAACGCCGACCUCUGCACAUUUAUAAUGAGCUGAUUAACAGCAUGUAUCUAGUGCUGAAGGGCCUUUGCUGUCUUUUUUAAUAAUAACUCCUGUUACAUAAAAGGAAAAAAACUACUCUCAGUAAGUGCAGUACCAUACUCCCAUAAUCUCCUCAAGAUCUUCUUUAAACUAAGUGCUUCUGUAUGCUCGCUUCAGACGAGAGACAAUUGCACCUGUUGCUGAUGUUACUAUUGUCCUUCAGAACUGAAAGCCUAAACAGUUUAUAUUCGGAUAGAUGGCUGCAUAAUACCUCUCAAGUUCUGAGGCUGUGAUUUCACCCUGCUAUGUUGCAUGCUUUGAGAAAAUGAAGAAAAUAUUCAACAUGGACCCCAGUCUUGUUAGGUAUGACUUGCAGCUGGUUUGGAUUUCUUUUCCCAAAGGUCUUCCAGAAAUCCUCUGCUGCAGGGCUCUCUGCUGACCCUUACUGUGUUGUUUUAACAUCACAGAGGAAAAACAAACGCGUAUACUCUUUGCGUCAAUCUCCUCAGCCCAUUUCGUCUUCGAUCUUUUAUCAACAGCUACAAAAGCAGAGGAAAAAUCCCUCGGCAGGAAGGAAACACACUGGAGCAGCAAUAAAGGACAGUAUACUUUGUUCAGAUGGAGGCAGAAAGGUCACUGUUGAUCACAAAUUGCAUUCUUGUUCCUGAGCGAUGUAACCCAUUAUAUGCAUAAUUGAAUACGAGUGGAGGAGGAUAAAUAUCAUUCCUAGAUCCAGUGGCUUCUUCAUGUCUACUCUGAGCUAACCAAAAGAUGCCAAGAGGUCAAAGUUUUCAUUUUUUUCUCAGUUUAAGACACUUAAGAGGUUGAGAGCGUGAUGUUUCUAGCAGGUCAAUCUGGAAUAUCCACGUCUUUCAGAGGCAGUAUUCGCAAAGAGUGGUCAUUGUGGCCUGGUGACCCGGCCCUUAAUGGUCAAGUCAUGCAUGCAACUGGCUUGACGGAAGACGGUAUUGGAAUUGUGUUAUUGAAAACCUAGUCUGUCAGCGAACAAGGCCGUCUUAUGGCACUUUGGGCCGCGGUCCAGUCCUCAACAGUCCGGGAUUGUAUUUUGUUUUUAAAUGUUCCAUUCAUCUAUCUCACCCAUGUUCUACAGGCUUUCAGUGCACAGAAUUCAGACGAAGCGGUUCGAUGCUAGAAUAUGAAUUAGGUCUGUGGUGGAUGAAACUAUAGCUGUCUAUCUGUUUGCUGCGUUGACACAGAAGUGGUGACAUCAUUAGCGGCUGUGUGUAAGAGAACAAGGUCACUUUCUUAAUCACUUUGUAAAGGCUCCAGGCCAAGUCAUGGCAAGACAUGUAACCUCUUUGGUGAAACACAGUUAGGGAGAAUAGGGUGUCGUAUUUGGGUGGGCUUCUGUUAUUGUUUGAAGUUGGUGCAACCUACAUGUCGAGUCAGGUAUACUAAAACCCAUUGUAACAUGACGAAUCUGUGAAGAUGAUGCCUGCUGAGAGUGUUUUUCAGUCACUAAGUAAAGGCCAGUAUUGGACAAAUAAGCUCAGGUCAAAGCUACAUGAUGCAGUAUUGUCCCGGUGUCCUGUUUCCACAGUGAACUACAUGUUACCCCUCCCCUCCCAGACACCCUGUAGUCAUUUCUGUGCAGCUCAAUGAAUGAAAGAGGCGGGGGAGAUCUGGCUUUUUUCACCGCUUCAGCAUCACAAUGAAAACUGUGAAUUCCUGCGUGACAUGCACACCAGAAUGAAAAAUGAUUUGGAGCACUGGGUCUUUUUUUUAUUCAAGGGCUGUUGUCUCCCUCAGUGCUUGGAAGAACUGAAACAGUGUUCGCUGCAAGCAGGCGGAGAGGGGCUGACUUUGGGUGCAGGGCCGGAUAUUUCCCCAGAUGAGGAGUACGUCCUUACUCAUCUCAAAAACUGCUUUGAGUAGAUAAGCCUCUCUCACUGCGGAGCGGCAUCUCCCUAAAAAAUCUACACGUUUUAAUACGGGGGGUUCUCAAAGGCAAUCAACUUUCUCCUUUUCCCUCUGAGUAACUUUGUUAAACAGCAUGUGGAAGAACCUGUGGAGUUGUCAUCUGCUGUAACAGAUGUGACUGCUGUCUGUUUACGACACUUCAAACAUACCACACAGCAGACACAGUAGUAUAGUAGGGCCGGGACCAUAUGCUUUUCUCCCGAUUCCAUUCGUCUACGAUUUUUUGGAUGCUGAUUGAUUUAAAUUGCGAUUCUACGAUAUUUUUAAUUUUCUGGAUUUUUAGUCUGCCUUUUUUAAAACCAGUGAAACAGUUGAGUGCUUAUGAUUACCUACCGACUAUUCUGGGAGCCAUAUUUUCCCCAAAAAUACACAUCACAUGUAAGUCAGUUUUUAAGAAUAAAGGUCCUUACACACCAGGACAAACGCAAAUAUAUGACACGAAAUUACGAAAUAUUCUGAGGCUAAUUUUGACGCGCCUGACUAUACACAUCAAGACCGAUGUGAUUUCUGUUUUUGAACAAAAGAAAAUCGGUUUAAAAAUUGUAAAACAAAAAAUUGGGAUACUUAAGUGAAUUGAUUUUUUCUCCCACCCCUACAGUAUAUGUAAGCUGUUCGUGUGUCAACUCUUUUGUCUGAUAAUUAUAUUGACAAAAAUGUUCAUAUCUGCUGAUAAUAAUACAUAGCUUUUAUGUCAAUCAUACUGUGCAUCUGUAGUUCUGACAAACAUGAACUUUGUUCGCUUUGUGCAAAUCUGAAGAUUCAACUUGAUGAAGAGUCCCCUUUGUGCUACACUGGCAAAGUCAUCGUCCUCGGCUGACUAAACCCUCACACUCAUUUUGAGUUAUUUUCGAUUCAGAGUGAUACAAGUACGUGUCAAAUGAACUUCAGUAUCAGCCGAUCAUUGCACCAGAAAGAAAUAUCAGGCCAUCGACUAAUAAUUUGCACCGAUAUCAGCAUCUGCAGUUUGUUGUGACUCGUGCGUGUUUCUUUUCUACAGUCGUGACACACUGACAGACUCUACCUGCACAGUGGUUAGUGUCUCUAAGAGUUGAAAUGAGGGGGCUGCAUUAGAGCGAUUUUAGACAUUUAUCAGAGGAUGUCCAGGAAGUGGUAACAGCAUGAUGCGCAUCAGGUCAUGUGACUGAUUACAACAUUGAAACAGUAUAUCAUUCAGCCCUUUUAAAGUUUCUCUUGGUUUUUGGAUCUCAAACUCUCAGUCUCUGUCAGGUUCGCUGGCUCUGACAACAACAGCACAAAUGCAGCUGCCUGCAAGAUAUAACAUGUUCCAGAGGCAAAUCAUCAAUAUUCACAGCGUAUGACUGAACUCUAAAAAAUGAGGAUCUGGUUUUUCAGAGUGAAAGACUUUUUCUCCUUCAGGAGGAUGACCCUGAGCUCCUUCUAUGAAACUUUAAAUAAAAGAAAAAGAAGCUCCAGAGUGCGGAGUUUUGAACACCAGGAACUGUUAAAGGUAGUGAAACAGCUUUGCGGUUGAGGUUGUUAGUCAUGUUCUGGACUGUAUGUUGUAACGUGUCCUGUGAACUGUCGUCCAGUCUUUGUGGACUGAGGUCGUCCUCCAGCUGUUCUAUCUUUGUAAGCAUUGUGGUUUUCCUGAGUGUGGACUGGAGCAUCCGUCAUGACUUGUGUGAGAGUGGUUGUUUGCCACUUCUCACCCUCUGUGUACCAUAGCUGUGUCUGUCCUUCUCUCAUGGACUAUUUUAAACACAACCACCACUCAAUAAUGCAGCUCGUAGUGAGCCGUAAGCUUAACCAUAUAACAUUUCAAAACACAGCCUGACCACAGAGAUUUUUUUCUGGUUGGUAUGGAUGAGAGAUGUGAAGAGUUCAAUAUUUGAUAAAGGAUCCUUUGAAUAGAUAAAGAUGAGAUAUUUCGUAGCUGAAUUCAAACAUUUCUGAGGCCAAACUUUCGUGGACUGACACAGUUUAUCCAACUUCUACACAUCAGUCAUGAUUCAUUGAUGCCAGUAAACCUGAGAUAACUUUGAUAAAGAUAAGAAGCUAAUGCUGCGUUCAGUUACCUUGGAAGUCGGAUGUCGGAGCUGGUAAUGACGUUACACCCAAGCUGAUGGCGUUCCAGUUAACAAGUCAGAAAACCAAGGUGGACGCCUACAGUUAGCCGUUGUUAGCUGUUGUUUACAAACGUCAGCUGUCGUUAGCCGUUGUUAGCUAUACAGUAUUUUACUCUACAAACACUAUAGCACCGUGUUCACAGUUAGAUGUUGGGCAGCACAAUAUAUACCACUUAUUUAAUUUCACAAAAACAAAACAAAAGUGCUGAUAAAUAAAACAUUACAAGAGCAUCUACUGUUACUCUCUACUGUUGAUGCACUGUGCUGCCAUCUUAGAUUAUGACAUUGUGGUCAAGUCAGGGUUGGUGAGGAUCGUCCGACUUUCCGAGUCGGAAACCCGACUUCGGGGGUGCGUUCCAGAUGAAUUUGCGACUCUGAGCUCGGAAAUUCCGACUUCUGAGUACAACUGUAACGUAGCAUAAGUUUUGGAUAGGGAUGUCACAGAUCAUAGCUGCUGGUCUGUGAUCCUUUAAAUCAAAUCAAAUCAAAAUAAGGUAAAUAUUGCAAUAAAAUCUUUAAACAGUCUUUGAAUGCACAUUAAAAUCAAAUAUUCAUGCUUAUUUUAGCUGGUAACAUGUUUUAAAUAGAUCAAAUAGAUUUUUAAUGAAUUUAGGGAAAAAGAACAACGGAGAUGUGAUGCUGAUGACUAGAAAAAAAAGCUGUUAAUCAGCCCAGUUAAUCAUCCAACUGAUUACUUGGUCUGCCUCUAGUUAUGAGUCAUUAUUAAGAUUCAUGGGGAUGUGAUUUUGAUGAGUAGUUUUGUACAAAUGCACAGUUUGAGUCAUUGCUGGCUAAUGAGUAAAAAGUUACACUUGAUGUCACAUCCACUCUUUUGAGCGUCAGAGGACUACGGUAAACUGAACCUCUCUGAAAACGAGACUGCACCUUCAUUAACAUGAUGAGAGCCGUUAUGACAGGAAGCAUGUUAGAGGAAAAUCAUUUGAGGGGAGGGGUCUUUGCUUUUUCUACUUUCACCAUCUUCUGUCAACUAUAGUGGAGGAGGCCGGCGGUAUGACCUAUAAAACAGACACCGGUUCUGCCUGCAUCUGUCUGCUGUCACCUCUGGAUUAUUAAAAAUUAAGUAUUGUUUUUUUUACUGCAUAUGGUGCAUUCAGCCACUCAGCAUUUUCUGUUUUUAACCAUAAAAAAAAGAGGAUUUAAGUGCACUUAGCUGCAAAAAGCAAUAUGCUGUAUCUGUCAAUGAAUGUCUUAAUCACUGAGUUAUCUUCUAUAUUGUUGCACAAGGAUGUUAUUUAUCACUCGAGUGUGGGGCAUUGCAUUGUGGGAUUAUAAGGGUUGAAAAUGCCGUUAGCUCUGUAGUGAAGUCUUCAUGGUGAGGGUCACAGGAAAUCAGUUCCGGUGACUCUGAAUCUGUGUCUCGAGCUCACAAGUUGGGUUAAAUGAAUGCUGCAGCUGGUUGAUGCCCACAGUAGAUAUUUUGGUGAUUUUGAGACACCGGUGAAGUUUGUUGGAGUUAAAAUACAGACUGAGAGCAGCUGUGGUGCCUCUUUCUCAGAUGAAACAGUGGCAAGAUAAACCUCAUUUGAUCGUUGUUAUUGUUUCUGUUUCUUAUUCCAGCCUGCAGCCCUGAGAGUCUGACAGGAAACAGACAGGUCGGGAUCAGGGUCAAACCCGCACCUCCCAACCGAAAGCAGACUGACAAUGCCAGCCUUGUCUUUUUACCCCGAAAAAGAGCCGGCUUUACAAGGCUGCAUGGCAAGUCUUUGUGGCGUCAAGGCCUCGGAUAAUUGAUAUGGAAGCAAUUUGGUGUUCAGAUGCAGCAGCGGUCUAAUAACUACAUGCCUUAGAGCGUGUGUGAGAUGACUUUAUUCCUUAAUUUAAAGUUAAUAUCAAACGUCGUCUUGUCUCAUGAGAAGAGAAGACAGGAAAUCUGAAUUUGUUACCGAGUUAAAAAGAGCUGAAUGAGGGGCUUUUUCAACAGCAACCCUCAGCUGAGGACGUCACCUGCUCUUUAUUUUGUCUAGUCCGUCUCAGAAACAUCAAACUCUCCAGCUUGUGUAGGUCAAGAGGCGUCGAUAUUUCUACAGUUAGUCAUUUGAAUUAACACUUUAAGAUAGUAAAUAUGGUUGCUGAAUUAGGAAAGUUCCUUUUUGGAUUAUCUCACACCCUGAGUUGGCAAUAUUUGCGGCUUUAUUUCGCCUAUUGUUGUAAUAUUUCUGUUUGUCUGUCUGAGUGAGGCUUCAGGACAGGAUGUUGAUUGGUUUUCACGAAGUAUUUCCCCAUCAGUGUGUUGUACUACAUGACUUAUACACAUCUUUUUUGAAACAGCUUUACUAUAAAUGUGGGAAACAGUUUGUGAAAAUCAAGUAAAGAGUCUAACACAAAAAAGACAACAUUAAAUGAAAACCUUCAACAAAGUUUGCGACUUUGAAAUAAGUUUUCUAAAGCUUUUUGAUUCUCCUCUCCAGACUCUGGGUGAUUCAGUAAACGUAUAGGACUUCAGCAGUGUUACCAGCACAGACCCCGUCCUCUGCAGACAAAUUCCAGUGCACCAUGAGCAGUAUGGAUCACAUUUGCCCUAUUGAUUUUCAUCAUCGAUCCCUUGCUUCUCCAGAACUGAUUUUAUGCAGCAAAAUUUGCAAUUCUUAUUUCACCAUCGAAUUGUUUCUCUCCCUUUUCGUGGCUGCUUUUCUAGUAAUUAUGAGGCCCGGUGAUCCUGGAGGAGGUGCAGAAUAUGUUUGCCUUUGUGCAUAACGGCAACAUUUUCCUUUUGCUAGCAGGCGGCAGGAAUUGGUGAUUGGAAAUGUUUUCAAUUUGUCCUGGAUGCUGUUUGUGUUCCUGUGUUUUGAUCCAAAGUGUUAAUAGAUUUAUGAGUUCGAGUUAACCAUAUACACUGUGUUUCACUGAGUGUAGAGGUCAAUAUGCUACCAUGUAAAUUACGGCGAUGUUCCUCCUAUAGACUGUAUGUGGAAUAGAUGUCGUCUGCCUCCUCGCUGGGUGAAGCCACUCCGAGAACAGCACCCCCUGGUGACGGGCUGCAGUAUAGGUCAUAAUUCCCACCUCCUCCAGCAAUCCUUAUGGAGCUGUGGACAAACUGUAAAAAUGUAUUACACAGAAUAGAAAUUUUUCUCCCCCCUGCUUGUGAUGUUGACAUGUAGUUUCUGUAAGACUGGUUUGUGCUCAAGCCUUUUUUCUCUGUGCAGCUCCAUUUUUAAAAGUUAUUAGGGGGUUCAUGUUUUCUAUGAUUGACACUUGAUACAGCCUAUGGGCGUACGAAGAUUGAGUAGCUCACCCGGGGGAUAUGCUGUUUGAGCCGAGCGUCACCACAUUGACUCACGGCGUACAAUGUUACCGCACAAUGUUGGUUUCAGGAAAUGGAGAAAAAUCACAGAAAUACUGAGAGCUUUUCGGCUUCAAAUCCAUAAAGUGGCAGAAGGCGGGACCAAGUUGUCCAUAGUAUAUACAGUCUAUGGUUCCUCCUUAACCCAAAGAAAAUCCAAAGAAGCUUUUUAAAAUUUUUGUUAUUACCCAUAAAUCAGCGCAGUUAUAGUGCGCAUGUAUCGACAUAGUUGACUAUAACUUCAUCUGACUAUCAAAAUGCAAAAGCCUGGUUAUUAUACCCCAGCAGCAUCCAUCCUGUUGGUAAAAUGUUCACAUGCCAAGUGAGAAAGCAGUCCUCAUUUACUGAAUCAUUUUUUUCUCAUUCACUGAGAUGAAUUCAGACUUUGGCAAUUUAUUCUGCAGCCAUGACACAAUUAUCAACACCAACCAGCCAUGACAUUAUGAACAACUGGAUAAUCUGGCACAAUGCAAUACACCCGAAUUCUGCUUCAAAUAAGCUUCUUUAUUUCAAUAUUUUUGUGGUUUCAGAUUUAUUAUUUAAGACACAGUAGGUGGUUGUUGUUUUCAAUACUCACUAACGCUUCAACAAGUGAUAUAGAGUGCGAUUAUUACAUUUUAACAAAAAUUAGAAAUGUAGACGCUUAAUGUUAUGGUUGGUUGGUGUAGCAUACUUUAUGAAUGAACACUAGCUGCUGUGGUGCCUCAUAUUAAAUCUGCUCCACUCUACAUGUUAGUUUGGUUGUGUUGACCCUUUUUGCUUGUUUCCUCUGACGGAGAAUAUCGGUCUCUUGCGCUACACACACAAACUCAAAAGUGGUUAUGAUUGCCACAACCAACAUGAGACCAUUAAAGUGCAGCAUCUGAAAUGAUUGACUGAAAUUACAGUGGCAGACUUGUACCACUUUCUCAUAUUUUUCACAGCAUGGAGGUUUAAAAGAUAGAUAGGAAACUGUUCAACCAUGAUGGAGUCUAAUCUGAAACUGGUUUCUAUGUCAGCAUUGGAGUUCAAUUGGGAAGACACUUACGAUCCAAAAAUGACAGGAUUUCGACCAGCAGAUUCAAAAGGUUGACGUUUAUGCACGGUGUUUGAAGCGCAGAAGUUUUUGGGUCUAUUCUGACUCCAUAUUUCUAUUCAAAACUGGUGAUGAACUUCAACACACUCCUUUUGUUUGGAUACCUUUACUCUAGAAUGACUUCUACCAAUCUGAUGCCACUGUUGUAUUGAAACUCGUUUUUCUGUGCCCUGAGAUCACCCUUCAUGCAUUGGUACAAUAUAAGCAUUGCUUUUUUUAAACUGAAGCUUCCUCUGUGUAGGUGGGUUGUUACUUCUUUAGUCCUGUGAGAUAAAGGGCCAGAGCUAUUCCUGCUUGAGUUGAUGUUAACGAAUGAAUAACAAAGAUCAGCCGUAUUGUAGCCCAGCCCAGUAAGCAUCUUAAGGUGAAUAGAUGAAUUUUCUGAGGUUUUGUAAAUAAGUAACUUUCAUUUUUGAGAAGGAUAAGACAUGUAGCUGGUGUUCUCAAGUUCAGUGGAUAUAAAAAGUCUACACACCCUUGUUCAACUGCCAGGAUUUUGUCAUGUAAAAAAUUAAAUCAAGAUAAAUAAUUGCACAACUUCUUCCACCCUUAAUGUGACCUAUAACCUGUACAACACAAUUGAAAAACAAACCGAAAUCUUUCAGGGAGGUGAAGUAAAAACAAACAACUGAGAUCAUGUGGUUGCAUAAGUGUGCACACCCUUUAAUAACUGGGUAUGUGGCUGUGUUCAGAUUUAACCAAAAACAUUCAAACUCAGGUUAAUUUGGAGUCAGCACACACCUGUCACCAAUUAAAGUGCCUCUGAUCAUACCAAAUAAAGUUCUUCAAUAAAUCUUCCAGCACAAGCCAUGGUCUACAGAGAGCUUCCAAAGCAUUAGAGGGAUCUCAUUAUUCAAAGAUAUCAGUCAGGUGAGGGCUACAAAAGAAUUUCCAAGGAAUUAAAUAUACCAUGGAACACAGUAAAGACCGUCAUCAUCAAGUGGAGAAAAUAUGGCACAAAGGUGACGUUACCAAGAACAGGAAGUUUUUCCAAAAUUGAUGAUAAGAUAAGAAGAAAACUGGUUAGGGAGGCUACCAAGAGGCCGACAGCAACACUGAAGGAGCUGCUGGAAUUUCUGAAAAGUACUGGCUGUGUAGUACAUGUGACAGCGAUCUCCCGCUGUCUUCAUAUGUCUGGGCUAUGGGCUAGGGUGGCAAGACAGAAGCCUUAUCUUGCAAAGAAAAACAUCAAAGUCCGGCUUAAUUUUGCAAAAAUACAUCUAAAAUCUCCCAAACGCACGUGUGUUAUGUGUUAUGGUUUGAUGAAGCCAAAGUUGCAAAAGGUAUAUUUGGUGCAAAAUCAGCACUGCUUAUCACCAAAAGAACGCCAUACCCACAGUGAAGCAUGGUGGUGGCAGCAUCAUGCUUUGGGGCUGUUUUUCUUCAGGUGGAACUGGUGCCUUAGUCAGGGUGGAGGGAAUUAUAAACAGUUCCAAAUACCAGUCAGUGUUGGAACAAAACCUUCGGCCUUCUGCUGGAAAGCUGAAGAUGAAGAUGAACUUCAUCUGUCAUCAACUUGACAAUGACUCAAAGCACACAUCUAAAUCAACAAAAGAAUGGCUUCACCGGAAUAAGAUUGAGAGUUUGGAAUGGCCCAGUCAGAGCCCAGACCUGAAUCCCAUCAAACAUUUGUGGUGUGAUCUGAAGAGGGCUGUGCAUAGGAGACGCCCUGGCAAUCUGUCAGAUUUGGAGCGGUUUGGCAAAGAAGGGUGGGCAAAUAUUGUCACAUCAAGAUGUGCCACGCUGAUAGACUCCUACCCAAAAAGACUGAGUGCUAUAAUGAAAGCCAAAGGUGCUGCAACAAAGUAUCAGUUUAAGGGUGUGCAUAUUUAUGCAACCAGGUUAUUUUAACUUUUCUAUUUUUUAUUUUUCCCCUUAAAGGUUUCAGUUUGUUUUUCAAUUGCAUUGUACAGGUUAUAGGUCACAUUAAAGGUGGAAAAAGUUGUGAAAAUAUUUAUCUUGCUGUCAUUUUCUUAUGUCACUAAAACCUGGCAGUUGAACAGGGGUGUGUAGACUUUUUAUAUCCACUGUACAGUAUCAGAAAAGGUUCUUUAAGUGCGCAACAGUCUUAUCUUAUGUAUCAAAACAAGGUCCUGUGACUGCAACCCUGCAGUAUCUCGCCUGAAAAAGCAUGACAGAGAGUAAAACUACUGCAGGACGGAAAUCAAAGCAGCCUAUAAAAACUCAUGUUAAUAAUAGUGUAAUGUAACUGAUGUGUUGACUUGAGUAUUUCAAAGCAGUUUUUGUCAACUGCUUAAAAGUAGUUUUAACCUCCAUUUUUAAUAGAAAAGUACAUAACGCACAUUGUUCCCGGCAGCUAAUGAGUGUGAUGUCUGAGUGAAGACAGUUGUUAUGGAAACAGUAUUUUGGUUUAGCAGCAAGAACACUGAGCUUUUGUCUUAAGUGUUAUACAGAGGAUGAUAUUCAAAUGUUUUUUUUUUGUUUGUUUGUCUAUUUUAUGACACUAGAAACGUUAUGUACUCACGUUUCCCUCUCUCUCUUCUCCUUAGGGCGUACUCCCUAGUUGACUCCAGCCAGGUGUCCACCUUCCUCAUUUCCAUCCUUCUCAUCGUUUAUGGCAGCUUCAGGUGAGUACCACUGAUGACUCCUGCUGCACACUUGUUCUUACGAGGUCUGUCUUCUCAAUUGAGCAAAGAAUAAUUAAAGAGUGGUGUAAUAUUUUCCCAUGUGGAUUCCUAGGAUGCAAGAAUUCAGUUGUUUUUGUUGUGAAAAUGAUAAAUGUGAUUGUUUUUUUUUAAUCUAAGGAGCCAUCUUUUUUUCUGGUUUCCAUCUUGCACAAAAAAGACUUAUUUAGUGGAAUGGGAGUGACAAACACUUGUUUUAGCACUGAUUGUGCAAUAGAGGAAUGCUAAUGCUGUAUAUAUGGCUCUUUUUUGUUACAAACAAAAAAUAAAUCUGGUCAGAGGAGCUCUACAGUAAACGUCAUCUUAGAGUUUUGAUCGUCUGGCUGAAUAGAGAGGCAGGUAUUUCAGCUUGUGGAUUAAGAUACAGAAUCAAUCAGCUUUCUGUCUCUUUGAUAAAAUAUAUGUCUCAAUAAAUAUGUGAACUUAUAGAUGCAAGCUGUUUCAUCCUCAGAGGAGUGCCAAAAUAGUGCUCCAUAAUACAAAUCCACUGGAUGUCAUUACAUCAGUGCAUCACUGUCACAAGUGGCAGAAAAAAAAACUGACUUUGCAAAAAAAAUAAUGUGACAACAGCAGCAACAUUUUUUUAUUCCUGGCACACUUUUUGGUUUUAUUUUUGGUUGAGUUCCUUAUUUUAGUUGAGAUAAUAAAAAGAGGAACCAUAUUUAAUGAAGCAGUUUGAUGGUUAAAAAAAAAGGAAAAGAAAAAACUGUAUCUAAAGUUUUCCAGAGCACAUAGAAACACACAGCAUGUCUGGAGGGGCUGAGAGCUGAACUGUAGCUACAGUUAGCUUGUGUCUAAGUCCUCAGCCUGUUAUUUCCCUCUAGUCACGCUCUGAUGAUCACUAUCAAAUCACAUCUGAGUUUUUAAAAUGCUUUUAUUUUGGUAAAGAGCAAAUGAAUGGGCACCAAGCUGAGCUGAAGUGAAGGUUGGUCAUAUUUUGUAGGAACUCAAUCUUUCAAGGAUAGUAUCUCUAUCACACAUCAAGCAAGGCUGUCUGUUAGUUGUUGAAAUCAUGUGAAAUUCACACAGUAUGAAGUGUAACAAAUGACAAGAAAAUAGACCUUUCUAUUAGGAGUGGGAGAAAAAGUCGAUACAGCAUAAUAUCCUGAUAUUUUGUCUGAUGAUAUAUUGUAUUGUUUCAUAUACCAAGUAUCGAUUUUUUUCAAAUGAAUUGCUAAUAUGAAGUCAAAUCUAUGAUGAUGAAAAAAUAAAAUCAACUGUUUGUCCAGUGAGGUUGGCAGAGGUGACGCCAUAGGAAAAAGUUAGUUAAACAAAUAUAUAUCAGCACCCUGGGAAUGAGGUUAGGAAUGCAAACAGGGCACAAAUGAGGUGGAUGUGACACGUAAGGUUUGCAAGAUGUGCUACAUGCAGUGUUGUCAUUGUCAACGAAAACAACACUGCAGAAUAUAUGUUUAGCGUUCGACUGACGAAAUGCUCAUGAACUUUGAAACUCUGUUUGUCGUCCACCACUAACGUUUUCGUCUAGUCUCGUCUCGUCAACGUAAACGCACAUUCGUCUCGUCACAUUUUAGUCAUCUAAGACUUACAUUUAGCUCGUCAACGUCACGUCUUCGUCGUGGAAAAAAAGAAAACAACACUGGCUACAUGAAAAUAAAAUACUGUAUAAAUAAGACAAACAUAAAGGAAAGACAAAUGCUAAAUUAGCUAAACAGUUGAAAAAAACUGUAAAUCGCGAUAUAUUGUAUCGCAAUACUCACUGUGUCAUAAGAUGUUAAAAAUGGCAAUAAUAUCGUAUCGUGGCCCAAGUAUCGUGAUAAUAUUGUAUCGUUGGGCCACUGGGGAUUCCCACCCCUGUUAUCUAUAUGUCAUGAGAAACGAUGUGUAGUAUGAAGCUCAGGGCCUUUCAUGGAUACUCUUGGUCUCAGCGGUUUAAUUGAAACGCGGUUUGUUUUGUUUCUCGUGUGAAAACAUUUUUUAGAUGCUUUGGACUUUGAGCAGUCCCAGAAAGUUCAAGUUCGGUCCAAUAACUGAAACAUGAAAAUAAAUAAAUGAAUAAACAGCAUGAGCCACACAUGGAGAGAGCCGCAGUAGAAAAAUUGACAUUUGGCCCAAAGACUUGAUCAUGGGAAAGAAACAAGCCGUCCAUUAGGCCCAAACAUGUCGGAUAUUUUCUGAGCGGGGAUCAGGAAAAGACAACGGUGUACACUGUUGUGUGGCAGAAGCUGUGUACAAAUGAAUCAAAGGGAGAGGCAGACGUUUGUGAUGACAGCACAGUUGGUUAGUCAGACAUAGAAGGUGGGGCGCUUGGUUAAUUAUAGCUGGAAAUCAUUACGGGGUAAGUAAAACAUGACUUUGAUUUGGACUUGACCCUUAAAUGUCAAUCAAGCUCCUUUUAUCAUCUUGUGGCUUUGUGCUUUGGUUUAGGAGCCCCCAGCUGGUAAAUUAGUGCCCCAAGCUGUUAAUCUAUGAAUAAUGUUUGAAAGAUGUGUCCAAUACACUUAAAAUUGAGAAAAGAGAGAAAUUCAGUGUGUGCGGUAAAUCUAUCAACAGGAAAAUGUGACUCCAGUGAUCUUCCUGCUCUUUACAGUCUAAUUGAAAUGUUUCCAGUAAUUUCUUUUUAGCAGAAAACAUUUAAGGGGAUAAAAAAAAGUCCAUUAAAAGUGGCCGUAUUAGCCUUUUUUAAUACGUCAAAGAUUCACAGAUUUUUGGCAGAGAUAUUUUAAGAAUUAGAAUCAGCAUUUUUUAGGAGAAGUCAUGGUCUGUAACUUGUUCAAGGUAGAGUGAGUCUCCCACACAACAGUUCACAUACUUGUGAGAUUUUGACGGCAGAUUUCUGAGUGUCUCCUCCUCUUUUUCUUCCUCAUUUCCUCCUGCAGGUCAUUAAACAUGGACUGUGAGAACCAGGAGAAGGAUAAAGACGGUAACCCUACGACAACGGGGGGUUUUAAUAACAGCAACACAAACAACAGUGAGCGUAACACACUUGUCUAGAGCUAAAAAAAACAACAUGUUUUUAAUUCUCCUACCGUGUGUGUAAAUAUUCCUCACUCUGGUGUGUUUGCUUGCAGGUAUUCAGACUAUAGACUCCACACAGGCCCUAUUCCUUCCCAUAGGAGCCUCUGUGUCUCUGCUAGUCAUGUUCUUCUUCUUUGACUCGGUACAGGUGGUCUUCACCAUCUGCACUGCAGGUAAGUGAAGGCAACACAAUGACUCUGCUGCUGUAGAUGUACUAAAGUAAGGUCAUCUCAUUUCUGUGCAGUAAUAACACACUGGGGGAAGGCCUCCUAUCUGCUUUAAUUACUGAAACUGCUCCAUUAAACUGACAGAAUUCGCCUGGAACAUGAUGUCUAGGUGGUUCAGGACUUUGGCCUCACCGCUGCGUGUGUGUGUGUGUGUUUUUUUCUCCCUCUUCUCCACAGUACUUGCAACAAUUGCAUUUGCAUUCCUCUUGUUGCCAAUGUGCCAGUAUCUGACCAGACCCUGCUCCCCACAGAACAAGUAAGGGAACCAUGUGGACUCUUCGUGUCUGUAAAUAGUGCAAGUUGUUGCUCAAGCUGCUCCAUGUGGCUCUGUGUGUGUCUUUUCCAAACAUUUGAAAGAGCUCCGUGAGUCAGCAUAUUUUCAUAAAUCCACUUCUCCUCGAGUCGAAACGGAAACUGUCUGCGAGGCUUAAACUGGCUCGGAGCAGCAGAGAAAUAAAUUCUGUUUAUGAGAUGGAACAGCCCUUUCCCUUGUUGUAUAGAAAUGAUUGUAAUAGAGUCUGAGCUCAUGUGUCAACGUCCUGUUACGAACCCAAAGCCCACAAGAUCACGAAGAAUAAAGGCCACCUACUCAGAAACCAGAGUCAGCUGGUUUACUUUUCCAGAUAAUAUAGUAAUGUAUUCUAAUGAAGAUUACACUAAAACCACUAAACAGAUUGACAGUAUCCUCUCCUGUUUUCAUGUUCAACAUAUCUCUUAUCUGAGAACGUUUCCAUGAUGCAGAUCAGUCUAAGACAGGUUUGAGUGAAGUCACUCGAUAGUUUCCCCAUCAAAUCUUGUUCAGGUUCCUCCUAUUUUUCUUUUCUUGCAUACAAAUCAGGGUCGAUGCUGCUUCAGGCCAGUCAGAGAAGAUAAACUCUGUAAAGCUGUGACCACAUGAGCUCAAGAAGAAAGAAGCGGUUUUUGUAGUUUCCUUGUUAAACUUCUUCUAUUUCUGUUAAGCCAGUAUUAGUUACUAGAUCUCCAACCACCCGGACACUUGUGAAUGAAACAUGAGCGUUUGGUUUUCCGCCUCUUCUGGACUGUACGCAUCAACGCUAAUUUACCUCACUGUCAUGUGCUCAUAAAAACCUGAAUUUAUCAGACGAUGUUACUCAGCGCGAUGACACAUCUCUUGUGUUUUUGCAGGAUUUCCUUUGGCUGCUGUGGGCGCUUCACUCUGGCUGAACUCCUCUCCUUCUCCCUAUCUGUCAUGUUGGUGCUCAUCUGGGUGCUGACUGGACACUGGCUUCUCAUGGACGGUAAGAUGAUCUGUCAUUGCUCUUGUUUUUUUACUUUUUGACUCUUUACGCGUUGAUGACGUCAGAUGCUGUGAGUUUACAACUAUGAAUGCUUUUUGGGAUUUUAAAAUAGUCAUACUUGAGGGUCGGCUCUCUCGUCUCUACCGAAUUCAACUUGGACUUUCUCAAUCAUACAAUCUGCCCACGAGGAAAACCUGGUUUGAACAGAAGUGGAUGUAAAAUUAAAGAUCCACACUUGUUCUUUCGAUUCCUGGACUGUUAUCCAUAGAAAAAAAAAAGCAGAACUUCUGAUCACAGAUUUAGUCCCAUCCUCCUCUGAUGCUGCAGCUGUGGUUGUGGGUGGUACAGCCAGCCGCUGGCGCUGUUCACCUGCUUCUCCUAUAGUGUCUCUUACAUCUCCUGGAUCCUCAGUGUGUCAUGCAGAAUGAUGGUGUACAUCAUAAUGGUUAAGGGCAAACUACUUUUGAGUGACUUUUUUUAGUGUUUCCCACCCACAUAAUCAAAACACAUCACAUAUGUCUGAUCCCCCUCUCUGGUCCAUCUACUUUUGACGUCCUCCUGAUACACACACCAGUGCAAUUAGUUCCCCAUGCUCAUCUUUUCCUGAUCGUAUGGAAACGGGUUCCUUUUAUCGCGUUUCCACGAGGUCCUACAACUCUGAAAAUAUGGUCAAAUCCACCAGCAGAAAACACAACUCACUACUGUCUGCUCUGUCCCAGUCUUCUGUGCAGUGCUCCCCCUGUUGGCCACUCCCUGCACUUACACCUGAGGUGGGGGGGAGGUAACACAAAUGUUUUAGACAUCUGCCUGCAGACUGGUACAUCUGCUUAUUCUGGGUUGAUUCCAGAAGGAGAUAUUGAAACCCAGACAGGCAAUAAAUAAUCACGGCUUUCAUGUAGAAAAUCUUACUCAAAUUCUAACAGCUACAUUCAAGUGUGACCCUACCACCUCUAUAUGUUGUUUGAAUGUUAGAUCUUUAGUUAAGGAAACAUGUUUUUGUCAUGAAACAUGGUUUAAUAUGACAGGUAGCACCUGCUGACAUUUGAGUCUUUACAGCAUGUUAAAGGGGCCACACAUAAACAAAGACACACCCUCUCCCUCUAUAUAACAAUAACACUAACUGACUCUCUGAGUGUCGCAACCACACAUAACUUCUGGUCCUGUUUUCAUAUCAACUGUGCUCCCAGCCAGGAUGAAGCAUUAGGAGAGUAAACAAGUGCUUUAUUGAUGAAAAUACCUCCUGCAUGUUUAUUUAGGAUUGCAUGAAGUGUCAUUUUCCCAACAUAUAUUCCAGUGAUGAGAUGAUGGACAACUUAGAGUUUGCUGUCAUUGACAGGAAAAACCAGAGAUAACAGAAGUGAAUGAAAAGCUCUGUAGUGAAAUGGAGAAAAAGUAAGGAUGCUUAAAAGACCUUGGCAAAAAUCUUACCCUCAAAUAAAUGUAAUGAAUUUGUCUCCAGCGUGUAAAAUAACUCUUAAAAGUCACACAAGGACACUUCUUACUUCUCAGGCCCCUUGAGUCAGGCAACCAGUAUUUUACCUGUUAACUUGAGUGUUCUUGAGGAGAUUAUGAAGCAGCUCAGUUUCUACACCUACUCUCUUGACCCUGUUCCCACGAAACUGUUUGUGUGUCCCCAAUUGCCUGAUAGGUGAUCUCCUAAAUGUCAUCCAUGCCUCUCUUUAGUCUGAGGUUGUCUCUGCUUCUCUAAAUCAUGCUCUUGUUACCUCAUUACUCAUGAACAGUCAACUUAACCCCCCCCCCAAAAAUAAAAAAAGCUGCCUAUCUCAAAUCAUCCUGUUAUCGGUAAAAUCAUUGAAAGGGUUGAAUAUAUUAUCCAACCUAGGGCUGGGCGAUAAACCAAAAAUUUACCUAUACCAAAAUAUACGACAAUAACCAAUGUCAUUUUGCCCAUAUCGGUAUAUUUGGUGUCAAUUAAAUAAAGAAAUCAAAGUUGGUUUUGGAUGUGUGUAGGUAGGCUAUGGUCUCAUGUCCCUUAAAGACACUGUCCUACGUCAGAGACGUGACUCCACCCCAUCCAGUCCAUAACAAAGAGGGAGAUGCAGGUGAGGAGAUGGAGGACGGUUCAAAAAAUAAAAUAAACACAAAUUUAUAUAAGGUUUGCAAGAUGUGCUACAUGAAAAUAAAGUACGGCGUAAAUAAUACAAACAUAAAGCAAAUCCAAAUGUAUUAAACAGAUCUGUCGUGUUGCCGGUUUUUGAGGGCACGAGCGCCGACAUACCUUACACUUUGGCGUAAUUUCUCGACAUCACUUUGGAGACACCUGAAGCACCGCCACACAACCGACAUUGAAUAAUUUCAUUCUCAACAAUAGCAUCUUCGGAGGAUGACUCUAAGUCACCGUUGACAUCCAUUUUGCUGCCCUCAGCUCCGCGUUUAGCUUCCCGUUCAGUCAUUCUCUUUACUUCUCCGGCAACUUACAGAAGUGAGCAGGAUCGACUCUGAUUGACUGUUGUGACGCACAUUUCCGCCAUGUUUGAUCAAGGAAAUAUGUUCACAGAUGAUCGCCGUGAUCGAAAUGAAAUUUAUCACGAUCAUAUAAUCGCCCAGUCCUAACUCACUGUAUUGCAAAAUGUUUAAAAUUGCAAUAAUAUUGUAUCGUGAAAAUAUUGUAUCGUGGGACCACUAGUGAUUCUCACCCCUACUGACUCGAGCCCAGUUAGAUCUCACAGCUCAUCAGGUGUGGGCCUCCUGAAUGUAUGUUAAAGAACAGGUGAUGGUGCGUUAGUGGGUAAUGCUGCUGAUGUGAAGUGGAAACUUGACAUAAUUUCAAAUCUUACACUGUUGCCUCUGGUAGUUAGAUUGUCUAUUUUUUGUGUGUGUGUGUGUGUGCACUUGCGUACAGUCUGGUGUGUGUGAGCUGUGGUAGGAAAAGGUCACGGGUCAUAAUGUAAUAAUGGUUUUAAUGUGCGUGUGUUGCAUGAGUUGGUGAAGAGUCAUUUCGUAAAUGUGAUUUGAAUCUGUUCAUGAUCUGUUGUUUAUUGUCGUCACUGAAAUUCUGUUUUGUUUUUAAUCUCUCGUGAUGCACAUCGAUCGUACGUUUGUAUCAAUAAAACUGAUUACACUCGUCUUUUAAGGCUAGUAACUGUAACACUUGCCUGGUCAGAGUAAAAUGCUUCAUGUCACAUCUGGCCUAUUUAGAAAGACAUUUUAUCACUGAUGGUCGUAAAAAAAACCAAAAGAUGAUGUAUGACGUUAUUAAACAGGCAGAGUGACACAUCAGUGCAGUGUGGUCUUUAAUUUUUAAAUACUGAAUUGAGGUUUAUGGUUUAUGAAGCGCUGGUAGCAUCAGUGUUCAACAGCACAGACAAGAUUCCAGACAAAAAUCCAGUUUCCAUCCAUCUUCAGAGAGAAAAAAAAAGACAUGACACACUAACUGACACUUUUAGCAGCGUUAUUUUCAGGGCCGUCACUGCAAUGUGCCACAUGCUGAUACAGGAAGAAUUAGUCAACAGCUUUAUAAAACUGAACUGGCAUUAAAGCAAACUGAUCUUUGCUAUUUAUGAGGAAAACACUCGACAAAGCGAAGAAAAGUGCGUGGGUGUGUGCGCGCUUCUUUUAUGUGACCCGGUCAACUUCAGUCGUUUGAAACGUAUUACCAGCGGCCUUUCUUCAACGAUGUGAACAAAGCGGAGCUGUGACAAAUGUCGACAUUUCACUGUCAAAAAUAUACAAACACUUGCUCAGAUGAAACUGUUGGAAAUAGACGGUAAAUCCAAGAAUAAAUUGUGUGCAGGUCAAACACUGCUUCAAACGUCUGAAAUGAAGCUGCUGUAAUAAACACGUUAUUUAAGUUUACGUAUGGAAACCCUGCCGUGGUUUCAUCCUCUCAUCCUUGCUGCACAUGAAUGUAUUUUGGUUAGUUUAAUGUAUUUUUUCAGCCUAUCAGCCCAAACUUGUGGGAUGUGUUUUCAAGUAUUUUCUCUCUCUCUCUCUUUCUGCAGCUUUAGCCAUGGGCUUGUGUGUCGCCAUGAUCGCCUUCGUGCGGCUUCCCAGUCUGAAAGUGUCCUGCCUGCUGCUGUCCGGACUACUCAUUUAUGAUGUGUUCUGGGUGAGAUAAGCUCCCAUCUAAACUAUCUCUUUUGUUAGCUACAAAAUUCAACACCUCCUAAAAAGAAAAAUGAAACAGAUAAAUCAAGGUGAGCACACAAGAAAGGACAGGCAGUGUCUCCCUGAGACCAAACUUGGAUGAGCAUCACGGUCUCCUCUGAGAAAAAUAAACACAUUCAUGUCAAGAUGUUGUUCCUGGUGCUGGGCCAUUUAGGUCUUAUUUAUUGGCCGUUUCUGGCAUCAGCCCUGCUUUGAGUGAGCACCCACUCUGAACAUGAAACACCAAAUGUCCCCAAAGUCAGGAGCUAAUAUCUCAUGAAUGAUGAUUUUAAUAUGAGGGCAUGUUUCAGGAAGUUACCACUUAAUUUGUUAACUGCUGGGUGUGUUUAUUUUUUUAUCACUUAACAACACGAUCGAGAAAUGUUUCCUGAAAUAAAACUGCCAGAGUUCCCCUUGGAGUUUUUACGAAAAAUAAAAUAUGUGAUCAUAAAAUGCAGGGAACAUUCGUGUACGCAAAUGCAGACACUAUCACAGAAGUGUGGGAUAAAUGGGUAAUGAGGCCAUAUAUGUACACAGAUGAGCAAUCAGUGUACCGUAUUUUUCGCACUAUAAGGCGCACUUAAAAUCCUUUUUGCUUGUCGGAGCACUGCAGCUACCGUAGCCUCACGGAGUUAUUGAAUGAGUUAAAUAAAGUUUGACUUAUCUGACUGUUUUGUUUGGGUGCGCCUUAUAGUGCAAAAAAUACAGUAAUGGCAAUGACAUUGAAAGUCAUGGCAAAGGCAUGAGAGUGAUCAUGGCCUGAGAACAGCAAACUCUGUGAGCUUACAGCACUCUUAAAUGUAGUUGGGAGAACAAACACAGCUCCUCAGAUGGAAUUGACUUUGACCGCAAGAAAAAAUAAAACCUACAAACUUAAAAAGUUAAAAAGGUCAUUGUGUGGUCAGAGUUUGUGGUCAGCAGCCCACUUCCUGUUUAGCUGAAACAGUGCGCCUACUUUGGGCUGUUUGAUCAAACCAGGGCUUGACUAAACUUUUUUCACAAGGACACAUGUGCUCCUAAGUUGAAAAAGUUAGGAGCUCACAAAAAACUUUAAGGGCACAAUGAAAAUUAAUCAAAUAAUGUGUGUCUUUUUGGUUGACAUAGGUACAUUAUUUGAAAUCAAUUUUAGGUCUUUUGGUCACAUUACAUGGAAGCUUUUGAAGAAAAUGUUCCAAAUUUGUCUUUAAAUUUCACACAAAAUUUUUUAAAGGACAAACUAGGGAAAUAAAGAGGAGUGUCUUAUUGUCUGACCUUAGUACUAUUAUUUGAAAUCAAUUUUAGGUCAAUCGGUCACAUGACAUGGAAGCUUUUUAAGGAAAACAGCCUUUUUUGAGAACAUCAACCGGUAAUUCAUUGACGGUCCCUUAUUCAACACCCAAUGUUGACAGCGAGGAUGCCGUAUAGAUUUAACCGCGCUGCUGUUGCUCUUCUCAGUUAUGGAGAGUGAGAAGACACCGGUAGAUCAGCAGUGAAUAUACGUCGAAUUUUCCAACCUAAAACUAACUUCACUGCGGUAUUUACAUGAAAAAACAUUUGUUGCCUCUGCUGAUUUUUACAAUACACACACAUCUAUUUUUAGUCACAAAUUCAAGUGAAACAGUCACUCUGCCAGGCCCUGCAAACCAUGUCCAAGUCCACGCACAGAGAAUCUAAAGGAUAUGAAUGUGAGGAGGUCUAAUUUAGGCAGUAAUCAUGAUUCUUUAGUGAUGAUUUGGUCUGUACCUCGUUCCCUGCAGGUGUUCUUCUCAGCCUACAUCUUCAACAGUAAUGUGAUGGUCAAAGUCGCCACCCAGCCUGCUGAAAAUCCAAUAGACGUUCUGUCCAGGAAGCUCCACCUGGGGCCUGGGAUGGGCCGCGAUGUCCCCCGUCUCUCCUUACCUGGAAAACUGGUCUUUCCCAGGUGAGACUGAUGCAAACACUGCGGUGCAUCAAUAUUUGAAGUUAAACAUAUUAACACUUUUACCCCAUUGAAGUGAGGAGGUCUCUGCUGUUUCCGUAGUAACCUUUUUCUUCUCACUCCCUUCUCGUCUGUGCAGCUCCACAGGAAGUCAUUUCUCCAUGCUGGGAAUUGGAGACAUUGUGAUGCCGGGCCUGCUCUUGUGUUUCGUCUUGCGUUAUGACAACUACAAGAAGCAAGCAAACGGAGAAGUCCCGGGGCCUGGAAACAUGUCCGGACGCAUGCAGCGAGUCUCCUAUUUCCAUUGCACUCUAAUCGGAUACUUUGUGGGUAAGUGAUCAAUCUGUGGACGGAUGUAAAGAGAAGGAGAAGGUCUUAUUUCUCUGGGUGGAUGUGUGUUUUGAGACAACGCUUUUAUUUGGUUUGGAGAUGAUUUGAAUGUUGAAGUCUAAAUUCCCUCUUGAUUUAUGAUGACGUGUUUGUGUUUUUAGGUCUACUGACUGCCACCGUGGCCUCCAGGAUCCACCGUGCUGCUCAGCCUGCUCUGCUCUACCUGGUGCCCUUCACCCUGCUGCCUCUGCUCACUAUGGCCUAUCUGAAGGUACACAAAUAGACACGAAAAGAAGGAAACACAAAUGACAUCAGGUUCAUUUAAAGAGAACAGUGUCAUGCUAUCAAGCAGAUCAGUCUGGUGGAGGGUUUUAGUUCUGUAAUUUUUGUAUAGAUGAUAGAAGUGGGUCAAACAGUUUCACCGCUUCAUGAACCUGUACCAGAAGACUCGUUCCAUGUGUCUAAACUGCCUCUGCUCCACAGGGGGAUUUGCGGCGCAUGUGGUCUGAGCCCUUCCACACCAAGACCAGCAGCUCCCGCUUCCUGGAGGUAUGAUGCACUGUGGGAUACACUUGCAGCGCGGGGAGGACUGCGAAUCCUUUACCUUAAUUCGAGGGAAGGAGAGAGGGCGCACUCACAGUGAGGCCAUGUCGUCAUCACUUGUUCAUGCUUUCCGCCAAUCUUCUGUGAAAAAAAAAAAAAAAAGAAACCCUCAGAAGGACACCAGUGUGUGGAUCACAAACGCCCCAGAACACGACUCAUCUUUGGUCUCUACAUCCUCCCCCGUUUCAUCUCCGCUUCCUCUUUUCUGUUUGUUUCCUCUUCAUUACAGCAUAUCCUGCCUCUGCUGUUUUCGUUCGGCCCCCCCCUCCCCUCUUUAGUUUCCAUUUUCCUCUCUUCUAUAGUCGGUCUCAUUUGCCACUUCCCUCCUUCCGUCCCUUAGGCCUCUUCUCUUCCUUCUUCUUCUUCUUCUUCUGCGUCUUUUUCUGUUUUCUGCAUCUCUGUUUUGUCACUGACUAAGAUGAACUCAAGGGCCAGGCCUGCCCCCCCCCCCUCCUUUUUGUGGACUUAGGGUUGAGAGACGUGGUUGGGGUUUAUAUAUAUUUUUUUAGCAUUGUUGUGGUCAUUAUUAUUAUUAAUAUUAUUAUUCUGGAACGAUUACAAACAAACGAAGGAGAGGUGGAGUGUUGCGGCUGCACAGGACAGUGCUCGGGAGCAGCGACACAGUCAAGGAGAAGAGUCUUCCCCCUCCACCUGUCUCCGCCCCCUUUUCCUCCCCUCCCCUCCCGCUUUCUUCAUCAUCCUUCCACAACGGCUCCUCCCCAGCGCUCCCACCCUCUCCUUCUCCUCUCUUCAUCUGCUGUCCCCAUCCCCCACCCUCACAGAUAACUAUGUAUUUUAUUUAGAAAAAGUUUUAUUCUUGGCAUAUACAGAAAUGAUGCAUUAUAAAUUGUUAAGCUGCCUCCUGCAUUUGAGGGGCCGCUUCUAUUUGUAUAUAUGUCUAUUUGCGGUAUCUUGAGUUUGUAUUUGUGUUCGGGAGCAUGUUGAACAGGGUGGGAAACUGACACCAGCCGACAGUCGAAUUCUGGUCGACUUUGGCCGCCAGUUGUUUCAAAUCAGCCGGCAACAAAACAUCAUUCAGAGAUUAAUUUCUAAAGUUUAUUAGAUCAUGUAAAGAAAAGUAGCUGAUGGGUUUUUUUUUGUCGGUGAUAAAAAAAAAAACAUCUGCAUCAGUGGCUGGUAAAAGAAAACGUUGGUUUCCUGCUCUAGUGUUGAAGAGUGUGUGUAAGUGUGUGAGUGUGAAUGUGUGUGUGUGUGGGAGAGCAGAUGAGUGAAUGGUUAUUUUACUCGGUUUUUAUUUGAAAUCAUGUACAUGUAAAAAAAAACAAAACUGUGGCAGUAGUCAGGUUUCCAUUAAGCUGGGCGUGUUUGUUUUUUUUUCUAACUUGUAAAAGUUUUCCAUAAAAAAAUAACCGACAGUGGUCAUUUAAAGACGGAAAUGUAAACAGUGUUUUUUUUUUUUUUUUUUUUCAAAUAAAUGAAUGUUGAAUUAAUUUAGAGGUAUGCUGUUACUUGUGCUGGGUUUUUGUACCAAACUUCUCGCCUAAAUUCACACAUAUUAAUAGCAGCAGAAACACUAAAAACAUCCGAUUUCUUUUUUUUUUUUAAUGUACAAAGCAUGAUGAUAUCAAAUAUUUUUGUUUGACAAAGUCAGCGGAGCAGCACAACAAGCACAUCUCAUCUGAACUUUGUAAAUGUCAGCGUUGUACCUCAGCCAAUGGAGACCUGACUAUUGUGAAAGUCUGGACUCAAAUCCGAUGAAGACGUACUGUGGUUAGAUUCAUGUCUAGUUACUGACGAAGGGUUCUCUGGGUGGACAGUGAUAUGUGUGCGUUUAUGUGUGUGUAUGAGUGUGUGCCUGAUGAAAUAACGUCAUAAAGUCUGUUUGGACCUAAAGGAGGGCAGAGAAUCAGUUACACCCUUCAGAGAUGGAAAUUAGAAAUUAAAGCUAACCUUUAGGAUGUUUUCGCUGUCACCGUUUGGUCCCUGACAGUCUUUUUUUUUUUUUUCUCGUCCCUCCACUUUUUUGUGGUGCUUGUCAGUUAAUAUCUAAUGUAUACUGGAAAAGGAGCGGAUGAGUCAGAGUCGUACGGACAACGCAGUUUGCUAGCUUUUCUUUCUCUCUUUUUUUUUUUUUUUUUACUUUUUUUUUUUUUUUUUACUUUUUUUAUGCUAUCUGGCCGUGCAUGUUAAGUGUACAGUGUAUCAUUUCUCAGAGUGAAUCAACAGGGCUACUGCAGUUUUUGAGUCUCUGCGGGCCGACACCGAGGCACUGGACUGGACCUAUGAGCUCCCCCUUACGCAAAAACAGCGUCAGUGGGCGGGACAAAGGCUGCAGGUCAGAAAGACUGCGAUUGGUCAGCUCUGACUGAUGUAAGGACCUGAACGCUGCCAGGCUGCUCACAGUGCAGUCGUCUACACUCGGACAUCAUUGAACCACCAACCCCCCUCACCUCCUCAUGGACAUGAUGAAAAAAAUAUAUAGAUUUAUAUACAUAUAUAUACAUAUAUAUGUGUGUAUAUAUACAUACAUAAAUAAUUGAUGACGAUCAUGGUGAUAACAGAAAAGUUUCUUUUUUUAUAUAGAAAAUGGAUUUCUUUUUACCCCCUUUUUUUUCUUUAGUGCUUUAGUUUUUUUAUUUUGUCUUUCCACCUCUUUCCCCCUCCAGCAGAGGACUCCAGCUCUGUUGGUGCAUUGAUAUUAAAGCUGAAUGGAUUCUGUAUAGAAAAUGGUGAAUAAAUAAAUUAAGAACUGUGUAGUGAAACAUGAAUCCUGAAGCGCUUGAUCUAAAAACACUUUGUCCCCUUUUAACCCCUCCCUCUGCCCUCUCCCUGUCUUUCCCUCCUCGUUCAGGAUUCUGCUGUAAAUAAACAUGACUCUAACUGUAACACCAACAUGUCUUUUUCUUUGUUUUGCCUUUUAAAUUAAUCAUGUGUGUAUCCUUUCAAAAGGUUCCUUUAACCAUAUAAAUGCAAUGUGCUGAAAUAAAAACUUUGAAUUGCU